AUGACAAAGCGUCGUCACGACCCAGAUAUCCGCCAACUCACGGGGCUGCUAUGCAUGCCUUGUGAAAUUAAAUUUUCGAAUCCUUCCCAAGCAUGGCUCGAGGACCAGGCGAGAGGCAUAGGGCGGCUCGACAAGUCCCUACGCCGAUCGAACAAACUCCUCGCUCGCAUAUCGUCCCGGCUCGAUCAGUUCCGUGCCCGACCCAAGGCAGCCCAGCUCUGUAAGGCUCAUCACGGUCUCAAUCCUAAACUGAUCCGUCGUCAUAUGCUUCAUAUCAUCGCCGAGUGUACUAGCCGCAUCGACCGUUUGCGACUCUGGCGACGACGCAUUCCCUACCCCGCCAGCGUCAAGGCCUGGCUCAAACGCAUGGAUGCUGUCACUGGGAUCUGGAUGGGAGCCGAAGUUUUCCGAAUCGUAUUUGGAUACGCACAGGCUGCUUCUUGUCCGAAACCAGUCAAAAGCGGCUGCGAGGCCUGUAUCAUGUCAGCCAUUGGUGGUCAGGAUCAAGCGCUUCUUAACCUACGAGCGAGCCUCCUUUCUCGCACUGGAGGCUACGGACGAAAGUCGCUCAAGGAACCCCGACUGUUGCGUUUGCUCGAAUCAUGGAUUGACCAUUUCGGUAGGGACCGAGCCGAUGCCAUUCGACGCCAGAGCGAGAUGCUUGCCGAUACGCUCCGAGCUGUGAGGCUUCAAGUCAGGGCCGCAAAGGAGGCUGCCGAGAACGAUUCAACGCUGUCUACGCCGAAUCGCUUCCUAGUAUUGAGAGCCGAAAACGUGACACAGAAAGUAGAGCGGGAAGUUAUUGCUAAAAAGCCAUCGCAGCCGCGGCAAGGUGUCCCAGGAUGGGCCCAGGACGCAGAUGGUCAGUUGGAUUAUGCAUAUUUUCGAAGUCCGCCUUCGACUUGGGGUUUCUCGGACGAAGAAUCCAACGAGGAACGUUCUGAGUCUAACUCAGUUCAAGAGGCACAGUCCUCCGACAUGGACGAGCUGGAUACUCCCGCCGAGCGUGUGGGUCAAGAGGCAUCGAAUUGGAUGGACCUUCGUAUGAAGAGCCAAGGGUUUACACUCAACGAGCGCCGGAAACUAUUCGGGGACGACACUCACCCUGCCCUCAGCGACUACGGCCCGGCCAAUGAUGUGCCCUCUCUAUUGGGAAAUGGACGGCCACGGUCGAUGGAUUCUGAAUCGGAAAGCAGCCGACUCCCGCAGCCAAAACUCAACCGCCCACCCACCGUUGCGGGCCCUCCCGCUUCUACAGCAGGCGGGAGCAUCUGGGAGUCCGUUUCAGUGGCCUCCCUUUCACGAUUUGGGUCUCAUGCGCCCAGCCAUUCAGGGAGCACCAUGGCACCCCCAAGCACCAUGUCUACUGUCUCCUCUCUUGCCCCAAACUUGAACGCUCGUCUCAAAGCCCUUGGCACACGCAACGCACCGUCCUUGGUGUCGCUGCCCCCUGACGACCAGCCAUACCUGGACUUUUGCAGACAGAUGGGACUGGAUGUGAAUCCCGAGUUAGUGAAGCAAACGCUGGCCUCUGCCCCGUCGGGCUUGGGGAGCCAGCCAAGUGAGGAAGAAGGGGAUGAUAGCCCGCCACCACCAUCAAGCAUCUACUCUCAGGACUGA